AUGGCCAAAGCGGCGGGGACGACGCCGGAGGAGCGGGCCUCGUUCGGGCGGCUCCUGGAAGGCGCGGGCAUGGUCGACUCCUUUCGGCACUACCACCCCGACGUGACCGGUUGCUACUCCUACUGGUCCAUGCGCGCAGGGAACCGGCCCUACAACCGAGGCAUGCGCCUUGAUUACUUUCUGGCGAGUAAAAACAUGCUGCGGGGAGGGGAUGAGGGUGGAGGGGUGCCGCGGCUGCUCGAUUCUUUUAUAUUGGAUCAGGACCCUGCCGUGUCCAAGUUGAGUGACCAUGCCCCUGUGGGCGUGCUGCUGGAAGUGUGA